AGCAAGGUGAACAAACUGAUUGGUGACUUGGUGAGCCCGUGGAUGGGGUGAGUGGUGGACAUGCCAAGCCAACACAAGACUAUUCAUCAACUAGACAGAUAUUCCAUUACAGUUGUUCAGAAUAAUUUCCAGUCCAUUUGCAAAGCUUUACGGUUAGCUGCGGUGCACCUUAUUUCUUCUGACUGACUAGUCUGCUAUUGACUGACUAGUCUGCUAUUGAGACUAAUCAGUUUGUCACCAGAAUAUAUCGUUCAAUCUUAGACUUUUCUUUUGCUUAGUUAUUUCAUUUUAUAUAUUUGAUGGAUCCUUCCACAGAGGAAGACUAAUCCUUUUUUUUUAAACAACUACAGCAAGCAAUUUUCUUGGCCUGAACAUAUGUAUUACUCAAAAGUUGAUUCAGUGAUAGAGUAUUUGGAGAAAUACAGGCAGUAUGAAGGGAAGACUUGUCAUCGCUUUCACGAUCACAUUAAUUAAUUAUCAAAUGUCUAUGUCACAACGUGUGUUCUGGUACAAAUGUUACUUAAGGACCUUUCACUGUCCAAUUGACAUUGUGAAGAAAACUGAACCCCCAUAUUCACCAAACAGAUUUAUGCUCUUGACAAGUCACAAUAUUGCAGUAUGACCAAAGCACUAGUUUCAAGCAGCUUAUUGAGGCUGGGGUAAUCAACAGAACAUCAUGAUGUCUGAAGUAGUUGCUUCUGCGGUAGUUGGCGAGGCUGUGAGCAGGGUCUCCACCUUCUUCGUCGACAAGCAUAAACGGAAACUAAGUGAGGAAGAUGGCCUGGAGAGGCUGGAGAUGGCACACAUCAGAAUGGAGGCCGCUCUGGAGAUGUCCGGAAAGUGGCCGCCGGUCACAGAUGCCUCGCUGCUGCGUUGGAGGAAGAAGCUGAAGUGCGCCUCCGAAGAGUGCAGCCAAGUCAUGAACAGAUGCAAGCGUCGCGCCAUGGAAGACGAUGAGAUGGAGCAGCAGAUCAGGCGAUGCUCUUUCCCCAGACGGAUCGCCCAUGAGACAAGAUCAUUCUUCUCCUCUUUCUCCGGCGACAAGAAUGUUGAUAGCCUAAUCACAACCUCGACCAUUCAGAGGUUUGAAAGGUUUGCUGAUGGCGCCGGUGAGUUCCUGAGAUUCUUGCAGUUCGGCAGCAUAGGCAGCAUCAACUACAUGCUCGUUGAUCCUCUCACAGGUCCCCUUCUUGCCGGCAAAGCUCUGCAGUUUGAAAAUCCUCCUGGAAUAAGUGGGUACUACCUAGCGGCACGGCCACUACGAUUUGCAGAGCGAGGAGUAGUAGCCUGUGUGUUUCUUCAGUACAAGAACCAUGAGAGGCCAGAGGAAAACUUCCUCCUCGGAAUUUUGAUACGGGUGACAGCAAGCACGAAUGUGGUCGGGAUUAUGGCCAGGUGCUCGGAGAAGCUUACCUCCAAUUUCAAGCCUGUUACUGAAGCUGUGAGGCAAGAGCUCGCUCAGUUCCACCAGCGAGGCUUCUACUGCUUCCCGUUUGUUGCUUCUACUGAUCCAGAGUACUCGAGAAUCCACCAAUCCGAAACUCACCGUGCUCGCCCAAACCCGGCAUGCUGCGAAGAAGAACACGAGCACCAUGGUCGCCGCAGAAGCAGUGACAUGGUUGAGCCGUUAGGUGCAUUCCCGGAGCCGGUGAUCAAAUUGGUCGUGCAACGCCAUGUCUCUGCUACACGACACAAGAGAACAUCGUCUUCUUCAUCAUAUUCAUGUUCAUGUGGUCAUGCCAACAUGGGUUGCUCGGGGCCGACUCUGCUGCAGGUGACGGCCGUCUUCGCGCCGCACGCCUCGCCGGAGGAGCUGCCGUCCGGAGCCAAGAGCGUCGCCGUCGUGGCGAUCGACGGGAGGGAGGAGCAAGCGGUGCGCACUAACGUUGGAUGGCGUGAGAUGGAGGAGCUGCUGCCGAACGCCGUCGAUCGCCUGUGCCACGAGGCUGCGGCGCAUGAGGUGUUCUGGAGAUCCGGCCAUGGCGUCGCCUACCUGUGCGUGGAGAAGAUGGGCACGGAGAUGGCAAGGUGCAGGCCGACUCAAUGGCGGGUGUAAAGGUAGACGACGGUGGCCUCAAGCCCUGAAUGAGUAACGUUUUUGCAACGACAUGACCUUGAGCUGGAGAGCCAAGCAGCUGUGAUCUCUGAAUUUCUAGAGUUGUGGGUUCAGGGUAGUCCUAUCCUGAUGCAAUUCUCAGUGGUGGACUGGAUUCAGGCCCUAUUUGGCUUUUUCUCGAACGCGCAAAAGGAUUGCACGUUAAUAUAUUAGAAGAUAAGAAUAUUCGAUACACAACGCAUUAAGCCAGACCGACUUAUGCCAAGAGAGGAGGGAGGCCCUACUUGGUGGAGAUUCUGAAAAGAGCAAUUCUACGGUCCUUAAGGAGGUACCAUGAGGUACCAAAAUUUUAGUGUAAAAUUUGGUACAUCAUAGUACCUAGAUACCAAGAGGUACCAAAUUUAUAAUAGAAAAAAUGGUACCUCAUAGUACCUACUCAAGAACCAUAAAAUUGCUCUGGUAUGUAAAUAUGAGCUCAACAUGGUGUUGAAGCUUUGAUGUGUAAUCGGUCAUUUUGUCUGAAUUUUGCAUGCCUCACCCUGUUUCCUUUUAGUAUU